AUGAAGACUGCAGUGAUUUGCUUCUGCUUACUUGGCAUUGUCUCUGCAUUGCCUGUAAAGCAGCAGAUCCAUUCUGGUAGCUCAGAAGAAAAGCCGCUUUAUAGCAAACAUCCGGACUUUGUGGCAACAUGGCUGAAUGUUGACCCUUCCCAGAAGGAAACAUUAUUGGCCACACAGAAUUCAGUGUCCUCUGAAGAAAGCACAGAAGACUUACAAGAGACUCUCCCAAGAAGCUCUGAUGAAAGCCCAGAUGAUAUUGAUGAUGAUGACAUCGAAGAUGGAGAUGAUGAACAUAAAAGCAGUGAUUCUGAUGAUUCAGAUGAAUCUGAUGAAGUGGUCACUGAUUUUCCUACUGAUACCCCAACAACAGUAGCUUUUCUACCUGAUGGACCAACAAGAGGUGACAAUGGAGGCAGAGGAGAUAGUGUGGCCUAUGGAUUGAAGUCAAAAUUGGGGGCACCCUACAGAUCAUCAGAACAGGUGCAUGAUAUUACAGAAGAGGAUCUUACAUCCCAAAUGGAAAGCUAUGAGUCUGAAAAGACACACAAGGUGUUCCCUCUCUCACAAAACCUUCCUAAAGCUUCCUCUCGGAACAGCAAUGGCAAGGAGAGUAAUGAAGCCAGCCACCCAGAUGAAUACAGUGUAGAAGCCCAGAGUUAUGAGCAAUUGAAAAGCUAUCAACUUGAACGGAAUAACUAUGACAGCCAGCAGCAAAGUGACUCACAUGGCAGUCAAGAAAAUGACAAGGUCAGCGAAGAAUUUCACAGUCGAGAAGCUGACAAAGACAGCCAAGAAUUUCUUAAACGACAAGUUAACAAAAUCAGCCAAGAAUCUCACAGCCAAGAAGUCCACCUAGUCAAUGACCCCAAGAGUGUUGAAAAUACCAAACAUCUGAAGCUUCAUUCUUUCCACGAAGUUGAUAAUGCAUUUUCUGAAAUCCACUAAUAGGGGUAGGAAAUCUCAACUGGGCUUUUAGAAAGGACAGAAAAAUAAAAGUAUUGCAGUAUGGCUGGGGGGAGGGGAGAGGAGAAUAGUUGAUAACUAUUUCUAAGAU